AUGGACGAGGAGUCGAUAUCAUUAACAUAUGUAUGUACAGGACCCUCGGUCACGUCCUUAUACUAUAUACAGGGUGUAUGUACACAUGGGAGGGGCAGCAGCUCGGCCCCCGCUCAGCACGGGGCGGCGGGCCAGCGCCCCCAUCACGAUAGGGAGUCCCGCAGGAGUCGCACGGCCGCGUACACCUUGACGGCGGGGCCCAGGCGCAGGCGCAGGCAUGACACCAGCUCCUCGCAAGAUGCCAUGAGUAGGGUCGAGCCUGACAGGCGCGCGGCAGACGACGCCGCGCCCGCCGCCACCCCCGCCAGCCGGGACACCAGCGACGACACCUCCUUCUGUUACACACAUGACACAACUCUAUUAACAACUGACACUCUUUCACUGAAUCAAUUUGAAUUUAAACUAAAUGCUACACCUCUCAGUCUCUCAUGGGUUCUCUAUCUUCGAAAUCAAAAGUUCUACUAA